AUAUUUGGACGACACAGGACACCCAAAAAGAGAAAAGCGAGAGUUAGGGCCCAGCCUCUACCGGUUACGAGAAAAAUAACAUUUUGACAAAGCUGAAUAUUUAUUUGUUCUAUUCCUCUUGUUCUGUUUUGGUUCAAUGCACGGAUUAAAUAUUGCCAUUUAAGGUCUCUUUUAAUUGCCUGAUAAUACCACUAUUGAUCUACGUUUGCAAAAAUGAAUGUUUAAGAGUGAACUCAACGCUCACAGUGGUCAUAUUGCAGGUUCUUUGUCCAAAAUCUUCGUAGAUACGUUGUGCUCAUAGUACAAAAGCUAUUGCAGCUUUCCCUUGUUUCACAGCUACGAAGAGAGUAGCUUUUCGUUCGAAGCAUGACAGACUCUAUACCUACAGAGUCUAAAGAAAAAGAGGUAUUUUCUAAUGAAAAUACAGAAAAGCAGCUUGAAAAUGUCAAGCUUGCUAAACAACUUUUACACGAGGAGGGAUGCAAGAAGGAAGAUGCCAUUGAGCUUUUGGUUGCAGCUUCUAAGGCUUGCAACAAAGAGGCUACAGAAAUGUUAGCUCAAUGUCUUAAAAAUGGCGAAGGAAUUACGAGUGAGAACAAAAAAGCCGUGGAGUGGUGUGUUAAUACACCAGAAGCGGAGAAAAGGCUUAAGCAUGCCAUGACUGAGCUCUUUAUGUCACUGAAGAAAGGAGGAAAUGAUAAAGUCACGAAACAAGAUGUUAAAGAUGCCUUGCAUGAAGCGAAGAGUCAGGAGAAAUCUUCAACAUCUUCCGGUGAUGGCAUACAAGGCUCAAAAGAAGAGGAACUAGGUUUAAUGAGUGUCUUGACGUCAGUUAUGGCCAUAGGUGGUAAGGAUGAGUUAAGCCUGAGAGAGUUCAUGGAUACAGCCAUGUCAUACACAAGGGGUGCUAUUCCAGAGAUGGAGAUAGUGCUCGACAAAGAUGAAAUGGAAAAAUACAACCAAUCAUCUUUGAUUGAAAAAGUUUUAAAGUAUCCACAUCAGACUUUUGAAUACUUCAAGUUCCAAGCCUUGUCUACCAUUUCUAAACGUGGCAGCUCUUGGCUAAACUCUCUCAUCCCAAAAGCACAGAUCCAAACCCUCUUACUGUUGUACCUCUACCACCAACUGUCAGCUAGAGUGCUGUGGUUUAUUGUGCCGUUAGUGAUCUUUUACAUCGCAAUGUCUGGUUUGAUUAUAUUCUCCCUUCAAAUGUUCCAUGGACGGGCGUCAUUGAAAAAACUCAAGAAUUUUUCUCAUCUUUUGAGAAGGUUUGAUCCAAGGAUAGAUGAAAAGGAAGCAGAAAGAAAGUUUAUAUGGAAGUCCAUUGCUCCGUACAUUUGGUUUUUUGUCUUUCUUCUCGUAGCUGUGGCUGUCUACCCUUUCUGUGAUAAAACAUGGAUACCAUGUUCAGAACUGUCCAUUAUAUCUCUGUUUUUUACCGUUUCAGCCUUGAGAGGUCUCCCAGAUGAAUAUGAUGAUUUUACACUGUAUACUUUAGGACUCAAGGUCUUAACUAUGGUGUUAUGCAGUUUUAAGGACACCAAAGGGUUAUGGGUACUCUGUCAACCUCUUUUAAUAAUUCCCUUGCCAUAUAAGCUGGAGAUGCACAUCAGCAUCCCAGGCGUACUUCAUGUAGCCAUCCUGGUGAUGCUCAUCAUCAUGGCUGGCCGUCAUUCCUGGAGAGGCAUUUACAAGGUUCUUAUUCCACAUCUUGUCUGUCUUCUUUGGUGGCAAAUGUUUACAGAAUUGUUUGUCCACACAACUUGGCAAAGUCUCACCAGGGCAUCUAUAGGCUGGAUUAUUCUCAUCACCAUGCUUCCCCUUGUAUUUGUCUACAUCGUUGGGGUAUUCUUGGUGAAUUUCCUCCAAUGGUUUCUUAUUCUGGACCUUGCCAUGAAGCUGGCUGUAACAGCUAUUGUUAUAGCUGCAUCAUCUGUCAUUGUCUUGUACUCCAACCUUGAAAUCCCUGAGGAUGUAAGAAGGAGACGAAAGCAAGUCAUGAUAGUCAUGGCUUUGGUGGUGUUCUGUCUUCUGGGGCCUAUAUUCUACGUCAACUACAUCCCUGUUAAAAAGGGUGCUCAUCGAGGGAUAAAACUAACAUGGAAGAGAUAUGAUGCUCAGUGUGGACCUACAGCUCAUAAAGAUCACACUGAGGCAGCUCUACAGGGCAUGUGUGGGGAUUUUGAAGGAGAAAUAGUCACUUGGAAAGGCACUGUUACGUCAGCUAAGGUUGCUAAGGUGGACAAUCGGUUCAGGACACUAGUAACUGCGAUGCCUAAGAUUUUUCGACCAACGUUGAGAUGUCUCUUAGGAGGAGAAGCAGAAAAAGACAAACAGGGUGAUGAAAAAGAACCCAGUUUAUCAUUUGGGUGGAUCUUCAAGCGCAAGUCUUCCACUGGUUGCAACCUCAAAUCGUUUGACAGGUACACUUUUCUUAUGGGUGUGGAGUUCAUGUCGAGUGAAGGUCCCUUGGCAGCGAUGGUGACUGUGAGUCAUAAAUACUAUGAAACAAUGAUGAAACUGAGCAAGGGAACGAAUAUCACCAUCAAGGCAACAUUGAACGAAGGAUUGGGUUCAGGACUAAUAACCAUGGAUCUAAGAAGACUCUUUAUUGAUGGAGCUCCAGUCAAGACAGAGGUAGCAGUUGAGAAAGAAGAUCUGUACAUGGGGGUAAAACAAGCUGGGAGAUACUCGGUGCAGUUUUUCUUCUCUCCUUUAGUUAAUCAAAAGGGUUCAUUUGAUUAUGAUGAUGAUGAUGAUGAUGAUGAUGAUGAUGGGGGUGGUGAUGGUGAUGGUGAUGGUGAUGACACAGGCAGCGUAAAGGCUAAUAAGGAUGACAAAAAUAAUAAUAAUCAGAGCCAAUCGUAACUGAUGAUUUCAGUCUUUUUUUUAAAUUAAUAAGUUGCCCAAACUCAUCAAAUUUAUUCUUUGCCAAAUUAAAAACCCAGUUUGUUUGCAAUCAUUCUCAAUAGAAUGAUAUAAAAAAGACAUGGCGGCCAUGUUGGAUGAUAUGACAAAAGAGAUCAAAGAAAUUUUGUUUUGAAUUCAACCAAGACGAACACUAUGACAGAGUGGUGCCAUUUCAUUCAAAAAGAAAAACUAUUGGUCACAAUAACUAUUAAAAUAAAAUAAAUUAAAAUAAACAAUGAAACUACCAAUGAGCUAGUGUUGGACAUACGUAUUUCACGGGUUUAAUGGAUAAAUAUUGUCAACCAGCACACAUUAUAAUGAACUUUUCAGCUUCUAUUGAUCUAUGUUUAGCAGACACAGCUUAAAAACCGCUGCGCGUGCGCGAAAAUUCCGUGCUUCAGAAUACACACAUUAUAAUAAACUUUUCAGCUUCUAUUGAUCUAUGUUUAGCAUGUUUUAGCAUAUGACAAGAGGUUGCUAACCUUUAUAGACCUGUUAAGUGUGAGAUGUAAUUCGAACGAAAAAGGACUUUCCGGUCCAAAUUAAUAAUUACUUCUACAGACAUUUUUUCUAUUUUGUUUUCUUCAUAGCAGGAUUUUCUGUUCAUAUAUCUAAUUGUUGAAGGUAGAGAAUAAAUCCUGGGAAUAAGUAUGGCAAGAUGCUGUACCGUUACCAUGGAAAUUGAUUAUAAAAAACGAACCGCUUGUCAACCUUAUCGUCCGAUUUGUCAGUUUUCUUCGGACAGUAAGACUUAACUAAAGUAAACUCGCUUUGAAAUUUAUAAUCAUUAAAGGUUGAAAGGUUGUUAAA